UGGGUAGGUACACUAAUCACAUUGUGUUGCAAAUUGCAAUGCUUUUCUUCUAUAAAGUAGGAACCAAUAACAUUCGGUACCCUUGUGAAUAGUGUUUUUGAAACAGAACAAAAAAAUCUCUAAUGGCUUCUUCAACCAAAAUCUCAAGACUUAUCUCUCGAUCAUUUUCUUCUGCUUCUUCAUCUUCUACCUCUUUGUUUUCUCGAGGUGGAAAUGGUUAUCUGGGUGGAUUACUCUCUAAAUACAGCACUGCUGCUGCCAUCGAUGAACAACCGAUUAAACCAUCGGUGCAAGUAGAUCACACUCAGCUCUUAAUUGAUGGCAAAUUUGUAGAUGCUGCUUCUGGUAAAACAUUUCCAACAUUGGAUCCAAGGACAGGGGAAGUGAUUGCUCAUGUUGCUGAGGGUCACUCUGAAGAUGUUGAUAGAGCCGUUGCAGCUGCACGCAAAGCAUUCGAUCAAGGGCCGUGGCCUAAGUUUCCUGCCUAUGAAAGGCAAAAGAUAAUGUUGCGUGCUGCUGAUUUGAUUGAAAAGCAUAACGAUCAAAUUGCAGCACUUGAGACUUGGGAUAAUGGGAAACCAUAUGAACAAUCUGCUCAGAUUGAAAUUCCAAUGCUGGUUCGCCUAUUUCGUUACUAUGCUGGUUGGGCAGAUAAGAUUCAUGGGCUCACAGUUCCAGCUGAUGGACCAUAUCAUGUGCAGACAUUGCACGAACCGAUUGGCGUUGCUGGUCAAAUCAUUCCAUGGAACUUCCCUCUUCUCAUGUUUGCUUGGAAGGUUGGACCCGCAUUGGCGUGUGGCAACACCGUUGUUCUAAAAACAGCUGAACAGACACCAUUGUCUGCUUUGUAUGUAGCAAAACUAUUUCACGAGGCCGGACUUCCUGCUGGUGUGUUGAAUAUAAUAUCUGGCUUUGGUCCAACUGCAGGUGCUGCUCUUGCUAGUCACAUGGAUGUUGAUAAGCUUGCAUUUACUGGUUCAACCGAUACCGGAAAAGUUGUCCUUCAACUGGCAGCUAAAAGCAAUCUUAAGCCGGUAACUUUGGAGCUUGGAGGGAAAUCUCCGUUUAUUGUCUGCGAAGAUGCUGAUAUAGAUGAAGCUGUUGAGCUAGCACACUUUGCCUUAUUCUUCAACCAGGGACAAUGUUGCUGUGCCGGGUCUCGAACAUUUGUACAUGAACGUGUCCAUGAGGAGUUUGUUGAGAAAGCAAAGGCCCGUGCUUUGAAACGUGCUGUAGGAGAUCCAUUUAAGUCAGGAACAGAACAAGGUCCUCAGAUUGAUUCAAAGCAAUUUGAGAAAAUAUUGAAGUAUAUUAGAUCUGGCGUUGAAAAUGGCGCUACACUUGAAACUGGAGGAGAAAGACUUGGUAGCAAGGGCUACUAUAUUCAGCCUACUGUCUUCUCAAAUGUUCAGGAUGGCAUGCAGAUUGCAAAGGAAGAGAUAUUUGGUCCAGUACAAACCAUAUUGAAAUUCAAGGAUCUUGGUGAGGUAAUUCAAAGAGCAAACAAUUCAAAGUAUGGUCUUGCAGCAGGGGUUUUCACAAAGAACAUAGACACUGCAAAUACUUUGACUAGAGCAUUGAAAGUUGGAACAGUUUGGGUAAAUUGCUUUGAUACAUUUGAUGCUGCAAUUCCUUUUGGUGGAUAUAAGAUGAGUGGACAAGGCAGAGAAAAAGGAGAAUAUAGUCUUAAAAACUACUUGCAAGUGAAGGCUGUUGUUACACCUUUGAAGAAUCCAGCAUGGCUUUGAGCAUCUGUAAUAUAGAUCAAUAAAUAUGGAUUUUAUGAUGAUGAUGAUGAUGAUGAUAAAAUAUUGUUUAUUUGUCAUUUAAGCAUUUGAUGUUUUUACCUAUGGGUUUUUAUGUUUGAAUAAUUAUCCUAGUAUAUUAAUAAUAAAAGAUAUUUUUUGGUA